AACUUGAUUUGUGCCUGGUCUGUGUGGUCACUGUACCAGACUUCCCUCUUUAAUUUUCGAGUUGGAGGGAGCAGGGAGGGAUCCUAUACUCACGAGGAUGAGAUGUCGAGGAGAAGCUCUGCAAAGUUAUGAAUGCUGUAGAGUACAAAGGAGUGUUGGUGGUGACAGAGGCUGGGAGAGAGGCCCUCGGCAGCGGAUGUGCGCUGGUCGAACGCCAGUGUAGUUUUGGAGGUAAAACGUUCUUUGGAAAUGAGUGUUGGUUGUCAAUUGACUGAGGCGAAUUGCGAAACCUGGUGCAGUGUCUCGUCCAUCUGUGGAACAAAACUCAUUACAAGAAAGCAUCGAGGAUGCUUCGUAGGAGAGAAUGAUCCGAAUGGAGGUUAAUUGCGUAAGCAGAGGCUUAGUUAGAACUGGUUCGAACAAGAACGCUUGGUCUGGGUCGGCUGGGCAGUAGCACUUGAUCGGUUACGUUCUUCUGGUGGUGCUGAGCCCGUUUAGAUGUGUAAACUUUGGGAGCCUGCGCACGUGGAGCUCAUUUGUGCCACCAUCACUCGAAAGAAGACGAGAUUUUGGGUUUAAGUGCAUUGUUCGGGGCAUGAAGUGUGGGUGGAAGAGGCCACAAUCGGUUGGAGAAGAAGAUCUGUGCCAUUGCGUACCAUGAUCCCGUGCCAUGCCGCUGUAGUUGGUAACAUCGUGUACUGCAGAUAGCGUACCCUACACCCUAUGACUCUGCCGCAGAGCCCACACGUGCCGUGAAGGUUCUUUUGAAUAAUCUCUUUCGGUGCUCCAGCAAUACCACUUUCCGAGACAAUUUAGGUCAAGAUCCAUUUGGCACCAACAGGUCGGUGGAACUGGUUUCUUGGCGCGAGUUAUUUGCAGAUACGCCCACUUCCAAAGGGUGUGCAGACCCAUGGCUUUCUGAAGCUUAUGGUGCAAGAUUUACAACUCAGUGAUGUCUUGCCCGCAGGCUCUUGAUGCAUAGGAGUAUAUUCCAUGGGAAAAACUUGAUAUAAUUAAUUUUUUUUGAGUGAGGAGUUUGCAAAGAUUCGAUAAUAGGCUUCGAUUGACCGACGGUAGGAUUGGGGAAUAGGUAGGGCUUAGCAAUGUCAGCUAAAAUGGGAGUUGCUUACCAGAAGUCUAGGGGAUGCAAUUGGAUAGCCUGUGCAGUCUUGCUAGCGGUUGUAGCCGUGGUCAUUGUGCUUGCUGUGGUGGUGAUAAAGCACAAGAAGAUCUCCUCAAAUGAUAUUAGUGUGCCCAUGCCUCCUGGUGCAAACUUCAACGGAAACUACACCCAUGCCAUGCAGCUCGCCCUCACGUUCCUUGACAUUCAGAAAUCAGGAAAGCUACCAGAAAAAUUCCCUAUACCAUGGAGGGGUGACUCGAAUCUUGUGGACGGGAAAGACAUGGGAGUAGAUUUGAGUGGUGGACUGUAUGAUGCAGGUGACAGUGUCAAGUUCGGCUUGCCCAUGGCUUUCACUGCUACUCUCCUCUCUUGGGGUGUGCUCGAAUAUGGUCCCGUAAUGGGAAAAGCCGGUCAGCUAAAUUCAGCGAAAAAUUCAAUCCGUUGGGUUACAGACUACCUCCUCAAGGCUCACACUUCUCCCCAGGAGCUUUACUUUCAGGUUGGAGAUCCAACCAAGGAUCACAAGUGCUGGAUGAGGCCGGAGGAUGGUAAUUUAGUGAGGCCUUCUUUAAAGCUAGACCCAACCACACCAGGUUCUGAAGUCGCAGCAGAGACUGCAGCCGCCAUGGCAGCCGCAUCCAUGGUGUUUCGAGCUACUGAUGUAGCUUAUGCAGACCUUCUCGUGACGCAUGCCAAGCAAUUAUUCAAUUUCAGCGACACCUACAGAGCAUCAUACAGUUUAUCCAUCCCAGCUGUUCAAGAUUUUUAUAAUUCAACUGGCUACGGAGACGAGCUUCUAUGGGGGGCUACCUGGCUGUAUUAUGCAACAGGCGAUAACAUUUACCUGGCUUACGUUACAGGAGUGGAUGGUGAGUCCUUUGCAGAAUGGGGCGUCUUCCCCUCUUGGUUCAGCUGGGAUAAUAAACGACCUGGAGUGCAGGUACUGCUGGCAAGACUUCAAAUGCUGAAUCCGCCCUCUAAUGCUGUGAACACAGUGAGCAUAGGGCUGACGAACUAUAAAACUACAGCCGAUGGACUCAUGUGUGCUUUUCUGCCUAGGUCUCCGACAGCUAGUAAAGAUCGCACUAAAGGUGGAAUGCUGUGGAUAGAGCAGUGGAGUGCAUUACAGCAUGGCAUCAAUUCGGCUCUCCUGGCCACAUUCUACAGUGAUUAUCUCAGCGCUGCUCAGUUGCCUGGAAUUAGCUGCUCAGGAAUAAGCUUCACCCCAGCAGAGCUCCGAAGUUUCGCAGCUUCUCAGGCGGACUACGUCUUGGGCGCCAAUCCUCUGUCAACGAGCUUCAUGGUAGGCUACGGCGCAGAGUAUCCUCAGAAGCUGCACCACAGAGGAGCGUCCAUUCCCGUCAACCCAACAGUCUACGAUUGCAAGGGAGGCUUCAUCUGGUUUGACUCAACGCAGCCAAAUCCUAAUAUAGCGCACGGUGCAAUUGUGGGUGGUCCCUUCAAGAACGAGACUUACUCAGAUACUCGAGACAACAUCCUCCAGAAUGAAGCAUCUACUCACAACAGCGCUGCCAUGGCAAGCUUAACUGCCGGUCUCUCAGUUUCUGGCAAUUACCCAAUCCCUCUUUCAUGGAUAUGAACAGUCCAAACACGCUUAGUUCUUAUACACAAUUCAGAGAAGGAGUUGAUAUUUCAGUAGUCACGUAAACCUCACAAGAUCUGGGGCAUGCAGAUUAGGAUGGACUCUGUUUUUCAGACGCAGUUUGCGGUGCAUUUCGGAGUAAACUUGCAGAUCAGUCCGUGCUAUCAUCCCUCCUUCAUCUAUCUUCCUGUACUCUGUCAUAUCAUCAUUUUGUACAUUGUUUUCAUCAGCUUGUCAGCUAUCCCAACGUUACUUGUUGUAUUAUAUCUCGAAAAACUUCAUGUGGGUGCUGGAAGUAGAUUAGUACUUGAAGGAGGUUCUUUCUUAUUAGAGCUCGUAGUAUCAGAUGAGAGCUUUGAUGGCUUCAGCUUUGGAGGCUGUUCAACUGGUUAUAUCUAAAUCCAGUGAUUUUCACUGCUUGGAAUCUAAGGAGUAGUAAGUGACUUGAAUUGCUAGUGGUUGUAUUUUAAGCUAUAUCUUGUGUAAUUUGACAAGAUUUUGGCUAAAAAUUUCUAAGAAUGUGUAUUUUGAUAUUACUAAGCUUUA